AUGGGGGAGACCUCCCCCUUGAGCAAAGCCGACAUCCUCCGCGCCUUUCCUGAUGACGACGAGGCUGACGCCCGCCAGGAAGAUGGGGAGCUGCCGGCUAUCCCGACGAGGGGCAGAUCGUCACUGGUUUCCCGGGAUGCUACUUCUAUUCUGGCGCCAAAUGGUGCCGCUUCUGGCUCCUCCGCUGCCCCAGUUUCUGCUCCUCGAGCCGGCGCGCCCGUUCCUCAAGCCUCGAGGCUCUCGGGCUUCAAGCUCACCAAGAGGAGGGUGGACUACACUGCUGUGCACCAGCCGCCACCUUCGGCGAAGAAGAGGAAGGAGGAUUCAGUGCCCACACCUGGGACUGAACCAUCUGCAGCGGCCGCGGCCCCCACCAUGGGGAAAGGAAACGUCAGCUCUCGCACCUCCCCGGCCCGGUCACCCUCGCGAGACCAAGAGGAGCGUCGUCACGAGGAGUCAGCCCCCGAGGUCCCGCUGGCUCCGGAAGUGCCGAUGUCCGGCUCGUCUGCCGAGGUCCCAAAGGCUCAGGAGCCCUUGGUCUCCCAGGCCCUGGUGACGGCGUCGCCUCCGUCUCCUGCCGCGCCAUUGUUCCCAGGUUCUUCCGCCUCCUCUUCUGUCUUGGAGCGUGCCCUUUCAGAGAUGACUCAGCUGCGGGAAGAUCUCCUGGGCGCGGAUCCGCGCCUGGAGCUAGCCUCCGGCUGGCUUCAGUCUGACGCAGCAGUCCGAGCGACGCUGAGCCAGGCCGCGACGACCUCCGAGAAGGAGAAGCGGGCUGCCGCUCAAGCUGCGGCCGACCGCGAGGCGGCGCCAAAGGACGCCAAAGCCGCCCAUGACCACUGCCUGGCGCUGGAGGAUGAGCUGAAGAGUCUGCAUGAUGAGCGCGCAGAAGAAGCUCGCGGCCGCCAGGCGAAGGAGGAGGAGAUGAGGACCCGGGAGGAAGCCAUCAAGAACCGCGACGCCGCGCUGGGGGAGUUGGCGAAGACGCAGGCCGCUGAACGCGGCCGGCUGGAGGAGCUGGAGCGGAAGGUGGAGGCGAAGAAGGUCGACCUUGACGCCAAGGCGAAGGUCCUGGCUGAGGACCGCGCGGCCUUCGCGCUUCUUGAGAAGAGGUCCCACGAGGCUCUAAAGUCGCUUUAUGAAAAGGGCUUGGAGAGGCCGCUGACCACCGAUGAGGAUGGCCCCACCCAGCUACUUCCCUACUUGGUGAAGGUGCUCGAGGAAGUCGUGGAGGGCAUCGGUCCCAUGGCAGAGGCAUAG